ACCAGUCAGAGUCCGCCAGGAAGCCGAGAGCGAUCCGCGCGGUGUGUCUGCUGCUGCUGCUGCUGCUCCUCCUCCUCCUUCCCCGGACAAAGCCGCCGCGGUUGCCGCCACCCCCGCCCCUCACCUCGCCGCGCAGCUCGCCUCGGAGCCCCGCCGCUAAACGGAGAGCCAUGUCGGCCAGUAGCCUCUUGGAGCAGAGACCGAAGGGACAAGGCACCAAAGUGCAAAAUGGAUCAGUACAUCAGAAAGACAGCUUAAAUGAUGAUGAUAUUGAACCUUACUUGAGUCCUCAGGCCAGACCGAACAACGCGUAUACUGCAAUGUCAGAUUCCUACAUGCCGAAUUAUUACAGCCCAUCCAUUGGAUUUUCCUACUCCUUGGGUGAAGCUGCUUGGUCUACUGGGGGUGAUCCACCCAUGCCCUACUUGACCUCUUAUGGACAGCUAAGCAAUGGAGAGCCUCAUUUUCUCCCAGAUGCCAUGUUUGGACAGCCAGGGGCCCUUGGCAGCACACCAUUUCUUGGACAGCAUGGCUUUAAUUUUUUUCCAAGUGGAAUUGACUUCUCUGCUUGGGGUAAUAACAGUUCUCAGGGGCAAUCAACUCAAAGUUCAGGAUAUAGUAGCAACUAUGCUUAUGCACCAAGUUCAUUGGGUGGAGCUAUGAUUGAUGGACAGUCAGCUUUUGCUAAUGAGACCUUGAAUAAGGCACCUGGCAUGAAUACCAUAGACCAAGGAAUGGCAGCCUUGAAACUAGGCAGCACUGAUGUAGCAAGCAGUGUCCCAAAAGUUGUUGGCUCUGCUGUUGGCACUGGGUCUCUUGCCAGUAAUAUUGCAACUUCUAAUAGCUUGCCCCCAGCUACUAUUGCUCCUCCCAAACCAACAUCGUGGGCUGAUAUUGCAAGCAAACCUGCAAAACAGCAGCCCAAAUUGAAGACCAAGAAUGGAAUUGCAGGUUCAAGUCUUCCACCACCCCCCAUUAAACAUAAUAUGGACAUUGGAACUUGGGAUAAUAAAGGACCAGUGGCAAAAAACCCUUCCCAGGCUUUAGUUCAGAAUAUUGGUCAGCCACCAACCCAAAUAUCUCCCCAACCAAUGGGUCAGCAGAUGAAUAACAGUCCACCAGCAAUGCAACCUUCAGCAGGACAACAGCCACAACCUCUGCCACCUGCACCACCCCAACCAACUCAGUUGCCAGUUCAGCAACAGGCAGCUCAGCCUGCCCGCUGGGUUGCACCUCGUAACCGUGGAAAUGGGUUUGGCCAAAAUGGAGUUGAUGGUAAUACAGUAGGACAGUCUCAAACCACAUCUGGAUCUGCACCUUUGGAGCCACACCCUGUCUUGGAGAAGUUGAGAUCUAUCAACAACUAUAACCCAAAGGAUUUUGACUGGAACCCAAAACAUGGUAGGGUCUUCAUUAUCAAGAGUUAUUCUGAAGAUGAUAUCCACCGCUCCAUUAAAUAUAACAUCUGGUGCAGUACAGAGCAUGGUAAUAAGAGACUGGAUGCUGCUUAUCGGUCCAUGAACGGAAAAGGUCCUGUUUACUUACUGUUCAGUGUCAAUGGCAGUGGUCAUUUCUGUGGAGUUGCAGAAAUGAAAUCUGCUGUGGACUACAAUACAUGCGCUGGCGUGUGGUCCCAGGACAAAUGGAAGGGACGAUUUGAUGUCAGGUGGAUUUUUGUGAAGGACGUUCCCAAUAGCCAACUGCGGCACAUUCGCCUAGAGAACAAUGAGAAUAAACCAGUGACCAACUCCAGGGACACUCAGGAGGUGCCUCUGGAAAAGGCUAAACAGGUGCUGAAAAUCAUUGCUACUUACAAGCACACCACUUCCAUCUUUGAUGACUUCUCACACUAUGAGAAACGCCAGGAAGAGGAGGAAAAUGUGAAAAAGGAACGUCAAGGCCGUGUCAAAUAAAAUGCUGGGCCCUUUCACAGAGACUGCAACAGAGAUGAUGCAUCUCAGAUAUCUUUCAAAAGGAAGAAAGACCACACCAGAAAGAAUUAGGACUUAUUUCAUUGACUCCAUACAAACUCUUAUAAACGUACAGUUUAAAAAAAAAAUAUUGAAAUUUCACAAGAGACAUAGGACUUAAAAAACAAAAACAAAAAAUCCCUUCUAGGUAGAGUAGAGGUGAAAACUGUCCCCUUUCUUUUGGCUUUGGUUGUGAUUUCAGAGCAUACGCUUUGUUUUUUGGGGUUUUUUUUUUUUGUCUUUUUACUAUGUUAUCGGAUUUUAAAGUCCGCAAGUGGCAUAUGCCUUUUUUUCUCUAAUUUUUAAAUCUGCCGCUUACCUGGUUUCCUGGCCUUCUGAACCCCUCUUCCUCCUGGUUUUUUUGAUAUUUGCACUUGGAACACCGAGUUGUGACUUUCUUUUGGACAUCCACCAUGGAAAGUGGAAUGAGUAACUUUUUUUUUCCAUGGACUGGAAGAGGAAUUUUAUGAAGAAUUUUGAGUUUUUUAUGCCUAGAAGAAUUGAAUGGGAUUUGUCUACGAGGUCAUGUCUGAGGGGUGGUUCAUUUUCUCUCUCAAAAGUGAAAUACGAAGAGUCCUAAGAAAUGUUCUGUUCUUGUGCAUUAUAUGGAUUACAGAUUAAGUCUGGCUUGAUUUGAUUUGAAGGCUGAGAACAGUGGUAAAAACUUGUUUGUUUACAGGAAAAUUAAUUUUGGAAGAAAAAAAUAUUGUAAACUGUGUAGUGAAUGUUUCUUCAGUUUUCUUGUUAAGCCAAUGAGGAAUGGGUGAUGCCUUUCUUUCACCAUUAAUCACUUCUCAAUAAUAAACGUGAGAUCCUGUUGAGCAUCA